GUGAACGUGGAUGUGAGUGAAGAGGGUGAGUUACUGGCAGAGAGCAUUGUGCUCAUUACUGCAGGUGAAUGUGGCUAUCUGUCUGUCACUAAACCUGUUCUCAGUGUCGGCUCGAGUCUCUCUGCUACCUGCCACUUAUGUAAGGAAGAAACUGCAUCAUGGGAGUACGCGGGCAGUCUGGUAUCUCCCCAGCUGUACUCCCAGAUUAACAGCACAGUGAGCACAUUGACUCUGGAUAGCCUUACACUGACCAGCAGGGAAGGAGAGAACCUGACAUGUCGCUCCAGUAAGGGGGAGAGCUAUUCUCAAUUGAUACAGACUGGGUAUUCUCCUCAGGCUCCCACGGACCUGGAGUGUGUCACACAUGACAUGUUAACUUUCAUCUGUUCUUGGAGUGCUGGAUCCGAAACAAACCUGAAAACCACCUACAAAAUCUGUUACAAGCCAACUCACUGUGAGAGUGUUGAACGAAAUGUAAGUGGAAAAAUAAACCUGGCUCUGUUUGGAGCAGUACAAAUACACAUAACUGCAAUAAAUACACUUGGAUCAGCGACUGCAACCUUUCAAGUGACCAAAAAGGAUAUUACAUUUAUUCCACCUGUGCCUCAGAAUGUUAAAGUUGUGCCAGAUUUUUCAUCACAAACCUUGUCUUUGAAAUGGAUUGGUGGUGUCUCAGCACUUGCCUUUCCCACAACCAUUGAAUUUGAGAUUCAAGUUCUCUGGACUGAAAAGAUGGAGGUUAUACACACUGAGAGUUAUGCAGCACAAUUAGAUAGCCAAAAUAAAACCUUUCAGUGGAGCUGGAUCUCUGGCGUGCCUUUGAAUUGCACCUCACACUCUGUGAGAAUUCGAUCCAUCAGCACUGAUAUUUUAAUGAAUUCAAAAAAUGGAAGCAGUGACUGGAGCAAACUGCAAACUAUUCCAGGGGCUGAUGACUCAAAAAGUGUCAUGUUUCCAGAGGAUAAAGUUGUGAGAGUAGGCACCAACAUGACAUUCUGCUGUGUUGCUGGGAGAGGUCAACGUAUUAAAACUUUAGUCUAUGGUGCGGAACAUCUGCCCUGCAGUGAACUUGGCAUUAGGAGCAAGGCAAUCACCAAGUACAACCUACCCCCUUCAGAUUCUGCUGGGACAAACAUCAUGUGUAAUUUGGAUCCUCCUCAUUUGCUUGGGACUGUUGUAUUUGUAGGAUAUCCACCAGAUGAUCAACAGCUAGAGUGUGAAACACGUGACUUGCAGAAUAUUGUCUGCUACUGGAGCCCUGGUAGACAAACCAUGUUAUUAAGAGAGCAUAGAACGUUCUAUACACUGACAGAAAGGAUUUCUGGCAAAAAUGCUUCAUGUCACCAGGCUAAUGAUGAUGAUGCUGAUCUUAAUGAUGAUAAAUACAAGUGCAACUUUCCUGUGAUCAGUGGCCAGCAAAUGUAUAAGUUCCUGUUGAAGGCUAAAAAUCCUUUGGGAGAAGUCAAGACCAAUUACACGCUGAACCUGUAUACCAGAGUGUAUCCAUAUAGUCCCAGUAAAGUGACGGUGCUUUGUACUGGCUCUAGACAAACUAAGCUGUUCUUGUCCUGGGGAGUGAGUUACAAAAAUAUGACCUGUCAGUUUGAGAUUGUAACGAACAAUAAGGAGAAACAGCUGAGGAAUUUUACUUUACCUGACCAAGAAGCAAAUGCACUUUCUAGAGUCGCUGUAGACCAGUUAUAUCCAGACACGUCCUACAGCUUCCGCACUCGUUGUGCGUCUGCAGAGCAUUUUUGGAAGUGGAGUAGCUGGAGUGAAAGUAAAACAUGUAAAACUCAGGAAGAGGCUCCAUCAAAAGCUUUGGAUGUUUGGAGAGAGAUUAAAAGGACUGAGCAUGGUCAAAAUGUACUUGUCAAAUGGAAGCCUCUUCCCCACUCUGAUGCUAAGGGCACCAUUGUGAAGUAUGAAAUAACCUGGAACGUUGUGAAUGAAGUCGGUGAGCAGUCAGCCAUUGCUCCUGUGUCUGUCAACAGCACAGAGUUGCACCUAAACUUCAGCGAUUACGUCAUCGCGGUCAGAGCGGUCAAUUCGGUUGGCUCCUCUCCCUCUUCUCAGAUCAGAAUCCUAGGACUGUUUGAAGAACAAGCUGAUGAACCAUCUAUAAUUUCUGGCAUGCCCAGUGGCUUUAACCUGAGCUGGUCUCCUGGCACCAAUGAGACCUGCGGGUAUAUUGUGGAAUGGUGUCUUUUUCCAGACACAUUGGAUUGUAAUAUGCAAUGGGAAAGAGUCCCACCCAAAACAACGCACACAGUGAUAACAUCAGAUGGCUUUAGACCUGGUGUGAGGUAUUCUAUUUCUGUCUAUGGAUGUUCACAGCACAAAGAGUACCUUUUGAAGAAGAUGGUUGGGUACACACAGGAGUUGGCUCCAAGACGGGCUGUCAAGGUAAAAGCAGAAGCAAACUCUUCACAUACAGUCACUCUGCGGUGGGAGGACAUUCCAGUGCAGGAUCACCAGGGUUUCAUCAGAGGAUACAGGGUGUACUAUGUCCCGCAGGUGAACUUCAGUGCCAGAUCCCAAAAAUCAGGUAUUAAAGAAGUGAUAAACAUCACAGAUCCGGAUGUCAGGAAUGUAACAGUGACAAAUCUCCACAGCGCUACAUAUGAGUUCACAGUUAAGGCUUAUACUGCUGGUGGAGAGGGCAUUGGAGAACCUAUCAAUAUCAACUUGGUCGACAGCCCUUUGGGUUUAUUUCUUGCGAUUCUCAUCCCACUGGGGGUCACCUGCUUCUGCGGGAUUCUUUUAGGGAUCUUCUGUUACACUAAGAGGAAUUGUGUGAAGGAGACUUUCUAUCCUGAUGUCCCCAAUCCAGAGAUACAUGGGGAACAAUGGUCUGUUGUAGAGGGGAGGAGCAGUAACCCAACUUUUGAUGUGAAGCCUUUUAUUCCUGACAAAGUUUGGAUCAUAGAAAGUGUGCCUGGUAAAGAUGUAGACGACUCCGAUAUAUGCACAAUGGAAAUGAAUAAUGGUGACAAUGGAUCAGUAAAUAAUCUGGAAGUCAUUUCAGACUCUGGAUACAAGCCUCAAAUGAGACCACAUGUGCCUCUUCUAGAUGUGAAUCACACUCCUAAUCCACAGCAUCUUGAUCUUACAGAACAGAGUGAAGGUUACCAGCCACAGCUAAAAGUAAGCAACUGGAGCGUGGAAUCUCCUGAGGUGGAUGAGGCCAGUGCGUGUAUCGGCAGCCCCACCUCUGUCAACUCCACUCAGUUCCUGCUGCCUUAUCAGGCUUCAGAGGAAGGCCAGUCCACCCGGUCAAGCAGCUGGAAGUUCUCCAGCCUCAUGUCCAGUGCACAGAAACGUUAACCCAUCCCAUAGAAUUGAGACAGCUGAGAGCACAGCUGAAAGAGCGCCAGUUCCACAGAAAUUGCCACGGAAAGACUUUUCUACCGAGAAUGUGAAAUUCAUAUAUGUAUCCCAGUCCAUAUACGCUUCAGCGUUAGCAUUUCGAGCUUUGUCCUAACCCGUUCUUUAAUUGAUUUUAAAUAUGUAAUGUAUUAAGACUAUAUAGCAUUAUGAUUUCCUGACAACUACCAUAAAGAGGGGUAUGUGAAUGUGGAUAAAUAACAAAGUCAAAAAUGAUAAACCACAUGGUUUAAGCGGUCAUUAUCCCACCAGUCGAUGCCCUUCAAAGCAAAUGGGACUUAGGACCGUGAAUCUCACAGCCAUUUUUUAAAUUAAGUACAUCCACAGUAUUUGCACCACUUAAUCCUCUGUAGUCUACAUAAACUUUAAUAAAAAAGAGAUAUCUGUAAAUAUACUGGACAUUUAGAUUAAAGGAAGGAAUUGAUUCACCCAGAGGGGUGUAUUCUGUAUUGGGGGUAAAGUUAAGAAUUAUAUCUUAUUUGCAUUUUGAGUCCCCAUUUGAGUGUCCAUUUAGACUGCCAGGUAAGGGACUUUAUAAAAUGUAUUUUCAAAUGUGUAUGCACCUUUUUUCAUCUAAAUAAUGAAACACAACUGUGAGCGAAAAAAUGUGAUUGUGCACUAAAUUUAGAAAGCUGUUUUGUUUAUUAUUAGAAAUAACGCUGUUCUAUCAAGUUAGAUACUGUAUGUUAAACAGUAGACUGUUUGAUUUUAGUAGUGCUCUUAGCUUAACUUCAGAAACGGGGCUUGAGGGUUGUAUUGUAUUGCCAAAGACCAUUUCAGAUUUAGGCGUGCUUGUUUGGGGUUGUGAUGAAAAGAUUUCGGAUGAGGUGUAAUGUAGACAUGAGCAAGGGCUUUUGACUGUGGCUCAGCAAAUUGAAUGGUACAGUUAUACCUCCACUUCUAGUGAAUUGCUUCUGGGGCCAUUCCACAAGGAUUGAAUCACUGGAAUCAGAAUGUCUUGUUCUUUAUGCUUCAGCAUUUGUUGGUCCUUGAAUUGAAUUUAUACGGCUUUAGACCUGCUGCUGUGGAGGGAAUCUGCUGAAGGGAAAAUAAGUAGGUUUAGUGAUCGGGUCGUUCUUGGUUUGAGAUUUUCAGGAAGAUAAUUUUAAUGUUUUCCACUUUGUCUCUUGCUAUAUGUUUCAUUUGUCAGAUUUAUGUAAAGAGAUUGUAUGUACACUACAUAAUCUGUAGAUAUAUUUGAAUUUUCUAUGUGUGUUUUUUUUUUUUAAUAGCAGAAAGGGAUUUUUAGACUUUUUAAUUGUUUAUUUUUAUUUUUUAAUUCCAAUGUAUCAAAUAUAUACAUCUCGUAUAUCAUAGUCACAUAGCCUAUAUACCACUGUGAUAAUACUAUAUGUAGACACUGACAGUAGUGUAAGUGAAGAUAUGUUUUUGCUAUGAUUCUGUUAGUAUGGCAGACAGUAUAAUCUCAGAUGUAAUCUUUCUGGCAAGCCUUUUUUUAAUGCAAAUAUAGACAAAUUCCACAAUAUUAAAGAGAACUCAACACACAAACAGGUGGAUGGAUCUGGGGAGUUAAAGAUAAUCUAUAAUUCCUAUAAUUAAUUUGGUAACUAAUGCACUACAUUUUGUACAUAAUUUAAAUUAAAAAUACCUUAAUGCACUAUUAGACUAUUCUUUUUACUAGAAUUAAAAGCACAACUGAAUAUUUGUUUAUUUAUUUAUUUUACUUUAAGUGCAAAUAAUGUAUUGAACUGUUGAUAAAUGAUUAGUUUGGUAAGAGAGACUCUCUUAUGGUAAAAUGGUUGAUAAUGUUGUCCAGGUCAGUUUCCAAGAACAAAUAUUGUCUCGACACUUUACUGGACAGUGUCGUAAUUACGGCUUGUUAACGGUUUAGCAUUGCCUUUGUUUUUGUAAGAUUUGCCUCGGGAAGCUUCAGUUUACUGAUAUGUAAUGGUAAUGGACUAUCCUGCAGCCUUUUCACUUUAUCAGGUUCUGCUAUUUUUACACUACAGACAAAGAAUGUGAUUUAGCGAACAUGGGGGAUUACUGAUGUGUCAAUAUUGAUGAGUGCAGUAUUGUGUUAAACAAGAAAGCAAAUGCUCUACAGAGUCCAUUGCUACUGGAACCUUGGCAGCUACCUCAGAUUACUUACGAUGUCUAAUUAUCCCAUGAGAAAGGAGACAGCCUUGUGUAGCUCAGCUUGGUUUUGUUUUAUGAAUUAUGUAUGUACUUAAAGUAUAAAAAUGUUAGCUUUUUUUUAUAUAUAUAAUUGUAAAAGCUGCAGCAGAGCUGAAGGGAUGGUUUGAUCAGUCUAUAAUAAUUCUCUAGUGCUGCAGUAUGAAGCUGUGGCUCAUCCUUGCGGGUUAUAGUUUGAGCAAAUCAACCCCUUACCCUUUGCAGAAUUUGCAUCAUUUGAUGUAGUUUUUAAUAAUUAAAGCAGUUGAUGUCUUCUUUUUUAAAAAAAGUGCCUGAUUUUAUAUUAAGCUCUAUAUCCCAAAGAUUAACUGAUGUAACCUAAUGAUACUUGUUUUACAGUUUGCAUUAUUUACAUACCCCAACAAAGGGGAAAAAUCACUUUAAACAUAAUUUGUCUACUACAUUUAUAAUUCUACUUUAUGCUGCAUAUAGUAUCACAUGUCUUCAGUUACAAAAGUCACUUAUAUAAUCAAUGUAUUGAGAAAUAAAUAAAACCAUUUAAUGAAAAAAG